AUGAUACUGAACCCUCUGCAGUACGACGACGACGGUACGCUACUUCCACGGUUGGGUCUUCCCGACUGGUUGGCUGGGGUGUUGAACGUGGAUAUGCCGAAAUCGGCAGUUUAUGUCGAGGAGACGGAGGACAUUGACGCGUGCGUCGCGAGAAUUCAUUCGGAGUUGUGUGCGGAAUGGGACGAAACCACUGAGGACAGCGAUGCGUCCUCCACAAUGUCAACGCUGCCCUGUUCAUCGUCGUCCUUGUCCUCGCCGUCAUCCCCCUCGUCGUCACGGUCCUGGUCCCUGUCCUCGUCGGUGUCCUCGUCUCCUUCCUCAUCUCGGUCGUCGUCUCGGUCGUCAUCCCGGUCGUCUUUCUGGUCGUCUUCCCGGUCAUCCUCUCCGUCCCCGUCUCGGUCUUCAUCUAGGUCCUCGUCCCGGUCGUCCUCGUGCUCAUCAAGUUCAUCUUCGCCAUCGCCGUCGAGACAACAUCAGCCACGGGCAGGGCCUUCUCGUUCCAGGCGGAAGCGAGAAGCCAGCAGCUUCGAAUCACCCAGUGUAGACGACGAGUCGUCCACAUCCGAGGAGAGUGAAGCGGGCCCAUCGCGGCCCAGGAAGUAUCGACGCAAGCAGGAGGAUGACGACGACGACUUCAUCCCGAACUGGGAGUCUCUCGGGCCUGUCGCUGGGCCGUCCCGUCUGGCAGGGAGCACUGCACCAAGACGUACCACAUCUACUCGAGGUCGCAGGAGGGCGCGGACGAUGAAGAAGGCUACUGUACCGACCUCGACACCGGAAGAGGAUGAGGACCUGAGAGAGGAGACUAUAGAUGGGUCAGUGCAGGUCUGGUACUGCCUGUACCACGACUGCGACUGGGUGUGGCGGAGUGAUGGUAAACAGCACGAGGCAGACCGGAUGCGACACAUGGUGACGCAUUGGCUGGCGCACGAGCGUUGUCAGUGGAUAUGCCCAUCGUGUAAACAUCCUUAUACGCGUGGGGAUGCGCUGAAGAGACAUUGCAGCGACAAACCGGAGUGUCUUGUUGGGCAGGUGGUACUUCCGAAUGGGAAGAUCGAUGCUUCGCUGCAUAUGUUUGGUGCCAUCCCAUGGAAAGCAGAGGGUUCGGAUGCGUGUUCUCGCAUUAGGAUCCUCGCUAUUUACGGUGUCACAAAGAAAGACAACACCAAAGGUAUCGUGAAUGCACCUCAUCUGUACUGUGACACUCUGUCGAUAAAGCGCAGGAACUUCCAUGUGAUUGCAUUCGAUUUCCUCAGCCAUUCACUCCCGCUCUCCGUCUAUUUGUACGACGACGACGGUACGCUACUUCCACGGUUGGACUGGUUGGCCGGGGUGUUGAACGUGGAUAUGCCGAAAUCGGCAGUUUAUGUCGAGGAGACGGAGAACAUUGACGCUGCCGCCAUGUUCAUCAUCCUCGCCGUCCUCGUCCCGGUCCUCUUCUCCGUCGUCAUCGCGGUCCUCGUCCCGGUCUUCAUCUCGAUCAUUGUCUCGGUCAUCGUCUCGGUCCUGGUCCUGGUCCUCGACCCUGUCAUCAUCACGGUCAUCGUCAUGAUCCUUGUCCCGGUCCUCGUCCCCCUCGUCCCCGUCAUCAUCCCCUUUAUCCUGGGCAACAUAUUCGCCGUCUUCAUCUAUGUCGUUAUUGUCGCCGCUGCCGCCCUUCACACAAGUUCAGGGCAUUCUCGUUCCAGGCGGAAGCGAGAAGCCAGCUUCGAAUCACCCAGUCUAGAUGACGAGUUGUCAACAUCCGAGGAGAGUGAAGCGGGCCCAUCGCGGCCCAGGAAGCAUCGACGUAAGCAGGAGGACGACGACGAGGACUUCAUCCCGAACUGGAAGUCUCUCGGGCCUGUCGCUGGGCCGUCCCGUCUGGCAGGGAGCACUGCGCCAAGAUGUACCACAUCCGCUCAAGCUCACAGGCGCGCAAGGAGGGCGCGGACGAUGAAGAAGGCUGCUGUACCAACCUCGACCCCGGAGGAGGAGCAACACCUGAGAGAGGAGACUAUAGAUGGGUCAGUGCAGGUCUGGUACUGCCUGUACCACGACUGCGACUGGGUGUGGCGGAGUGAUGGUAAACAGCACGAGGCAGACCGGAUGCGAUACAUGGUGACGCAUUGGCUGGCGCACGAGCAUUGUCACGACAAACCGGAGUGUCUUGCUGGGCAGGUGGUACUUCCGAAUGGGAAGAUCAAUGCUUCGCUGCAUAUGGUUGGUGCCAUCCCAUGGAAAGCAGAGGGUUCAGACGCAGUGAGAUUGCUCGUCCCGGUCCUCAUCCCCUCGUCAUCAAGGUCCUCGUCCCGGUCAUCGUCUCGGUCAUCGUCUCGGUCAUCGUCUCGGUCAUCGUCCCGGUCCUGGUCCCCCUACAGUGAAGUCUUCGACUACAAGAGCCGAUUGCAUGGAGAGCAGGCAGUCAAAAGGGCCGGGUUGAUGCAUUGCGACAUCAGUGCAGGGAAUAUUCUCAUUUUCGAGAAGCCUGCACUUCAGGGCAUAGCUAAGCGGCGGGGAAUGUUGUGUGAUUGGGAACUCUCCAGACCUGUGCAUGAUGGACUCAACGGCAUGAAGGAAGCCAUCAGAAUUCAAGGCGUAACGGGUACUCAGGCGUACGUGGCGGUUCAUUCGCUGAACCAUCCGGAUGGUCCAAUUACUGUUGCCGACGAGCUCGAGAGUUUUUUCCAUGUGCUCUUCAUGGUUGCCCUUCACUCUACGGAGAACAAUAUCCCGAUCCUCGAAGAAUUCGUAACCCGAUACUUCCAUAGCUGUCCUACGGAUGGUCGCUGUGGCUCAGUGAAAUGCACAGCCAUGUCUGAUGGCCGCUUUGAUGGCUCAUCCAAGAAUGACAGGACAGCAAAGUCUGCAAGUAAGUUGGAGGUUGAAUGUCUCUAUCAAGACUGUACUGCCACCUUCAGGAAGAAGGAUCGUGUUCGCCACAAGCUGGCGCAACAUUUUGAUAUGGAGAAUGAGCAGUGA